CCGGCGAGGGACGGGCCGCGAGGACGCGGAGAAGGACGGAGGGCUGCACUUUGUCCCCUGGGCCCGGUGCCCGCGACGAAGCCCUCUGACCCCGGCCGGGUUCGGACUUUCCACACUGAUUAAUCCAGAGUGAAAAAUCUGAAGAGAUGCGAGCAGGAAAACGGAAUUAAACUAGGCCUGAGGAGCGAUGCGACAGGCAUGAUGGAGGUCGAGUCCUCCUACUCGGACUUCAUCUCCUGUGACCGAACAGGCCGUCGGAAUGCAGUCCCUGACAUCCAGGGUGACUCGGAGGCCGUGAGCGUGCGGAAGCUAGCUGGUGACAUGGGCGAGCUGGCACUUGAGGGGUCAGAAGGACAGGCAGAGGGAAGUACUCCAGACAAGGAGGCCAGCAGCCAGCCCGAGAACAGUAAUGUGAACACCUCGUCUUGAGUCUGGCCUUGAUCCUAGAGGCUAGAAGAGAGACCUGCUGUCCCCUCCUGGAACUGGAGCCCCGGCACAACCCAGCAGCCUCUUCUCUGAGCCCAUAUCCCAGGCCAGCCAGGCCAACUAAGAGCCUCGUGGAGCCUCUGUGGCCCCUACUCCAGCAAAGUUCUGUUCCCACCCCCACAGGCUCUACUCUCCCCCCACCUCCCAGAGUGCCAAGGCACACCAUCACCAUGGGAUGUUAUUUAUUCAGCUAAGCGGGGCUUGAGCCAGGCUCUGCCCCCCAGGUGAGCAGCCCCCACCUGGACAGGGACUGUCCCCACACCACUCAUCUCUCUAACCAGCUGCCUACAUCAGAAAGAUCUUCCUAGCCCUUUUUUAAAGCCUCUUUUACAUUUUUUAAAAACAUAACUUUUUUCAGCAGAGAAGGGGGAGCUGACAAUCACUAUUUUCUGUUUUGGUUUUGGUUUGUUUUAAGCUUAGUUCUGAUGUUCUAUGCAGCUCUGAGUUCCCCCGUGGAGUCGCACAGAUCCAGAUGUAGGGAAAGGAUUUGGACUCAAAACUAAAUGACCAAUUCUUUGCCCUUUGUACCAAGAGAGUGUACCAAGAGGUCCCAGGAAAUAAACGCUGAUGAUUUGUGUGCC